AUGAGCCCCAAUCUUGAUCUCGAUCUUUCUCUCCGUUUUCCGUCUCUUCGUCCUCCUCUACCACCCCAAUAUUCACAGCCACCCACAUCCACAUUGCCAUCGCAAAUUACAAACGAAGAAUCCGAGGCAAUCACUCGACCCAACAAUGAAACUUCAAACAACCAACAACAACAACGGAGACGACGUAGAACGAGAGCCGACAUGACAAGGAUUGAGCCACCAUAUCCAUGGUCGACGGACAGAAGAGCGGUAGUCCACGAACUCAAGUACCUUCAAGUGAACAACAUAAUGACAAUCAAGGGGGAAGUGAUAUGCAAAAAAUGUGAGAUGAAGUAUGAAAUGGAGUAUGAUUUAAUGAAUAAGGUUAAUGAAAUAACAAGAUUCUUUGAAGAAGAAAUAGAUAGUAUGCAUGAUAGAGCUCCAAGUUGUUGGACAAAUCCUAAUUUACCAAAUUGUAGUUUGUGCAAUGAAGAAAAAUGUGUAAUGCCAGUGACAUCUCAAGAAGAUACAAAAAUCAAUUGGUUGUUCUUGUUCUUGGGGCAAUUUCUUGGAUGUUUGAAGCUCAGACAACUCAAAUAUUUUUGUACUCAAACAAAUAUUCAUAGAACUGGGGCCAAGAAUCGUCUUCUUUAUCUCAGCUAUCGUACUUUGUUUCGUCAACUACAACCCUUCACCAACACUCAACAAUAA